AUGGCUCAACUCAAAUCCGGCCCCAUCCCGGCCUUUGAGCCUACGGGUCUCGACGAAAUCACUGCCAACGUUGAACGUUUACGCAAGACCUUCCGCACCAACAAGACCAAGGAUAUGAACUUCCGUAUGCAGCAGAUUCGCAAGCUCUACUGGGCGGUCUGCGACUAUGAGAAGCUCAUCGAGGAGGCUGUCAUGAAGGAUAUGGGCAAGUGCAAGUUUGAGGCCCACCUCACUGAGCUGGACUGGGUCAAGAAUGAGGCUAUCAACGUUGCAAACAAGCUUGAGACCUGGGCCAAGGACGAGAACAUUGUCGACUUGCCCAUGACCUACUGGCCCAUGCGACCGCGCAUCAGGAACGAGCCUCUAGGUCAGAUUCUCAUUAUUGGUGCCUACAACUACCCAUUUCAGCUGAACCUCACUCCCGUCAUUGGUGCCAUUGCCGCCGGUAACUGCAUCGUUCUCAAGCCCUCUGAGCUCUCUCCCCACUCAGCCAUGAUUCUCAAGAGAAUCUUCGACGAGUACCUCGACCCGGACUGCUAUGUGUGCAUUAACGGUGCUUUGGAGGAAACCAAGCACGUCAUGGAGCACAAGUUUGACAAGGUUGUUUUCACUGGAGGCAAGAAAACCGGUGCCAUCAUUGCCACCAAGGCUGCCCAGUCUCUUACCCCCGUGCUUCUCGAACUCGGUGGUCAAAACCCUGCCUUCAUUACCAAGAAUGGCGAUGUCAAGCUUGCAGCCCGCCGUCUUCUCUGGCAAAAGUGUCUCAACGCAGGACAGGUUUGCCUGUCACACAAUUACGUUCUUAUUGAGCGCCCGGUUUUGAAUGAGUUUAUUGCCGAAGUCAACAAGCAGUAUCGCACAUUCAUGCCCAAUGGUGGCAAGAACAGUGACUUGUCACGCAUCGUGAACAAGGGCCACUUUGACCGAUUGAUGCGAAUGCUGAACAACUCCAAGGGCAAGGUGGUCAUGGGGGGUGGUUCUGAUGAAGAGAAGCUGUGGAUUGAGCCAACUGCCGUUCUCGUUGACGACAUUGAGGAUACUAUGAUGGCUGAGGAGAGCUUUGGGCCAAUCUGGUCCAUCAUGCCUGUUGAUAAUCUCGACCAGGCUAUUGAGAUUGCCCACAAGGUCGACCCGACUCCGUUGGCCCUGUUUACCUUUGGCUCCGACGAGGAGAACAAGAAAGUCCUUCUCAAUGUCACUUCCGGAGGUGCCACCGUCAACGACGCCUUCUUCCAUGCCAUGAUCAAUGCCACGCCUCUCGGAGGUAUUGGGUCCUCCGGUCAAGGCAAUUACCACGGAUACUACUCAUUCAAGGCCUUCAGCCACCAGCGUGUUAUCGCACAAGUGCCUAAAUGGGCUGAUAAGGUCCUCCGCGUGCGCUACAUGCCCUACUCAUGGAACGAACUAAGCCGUUACCACAAGAUGAAUGGCCACAAGCCCAACUUUGAUCGUGACGGCAAUGUCACAAAGGGUCUCAAGUACUGGUUCGGUUUCGUGUUCGGACUCGGCGGCAAGAGCACGUCCGGGUCAGCAGUAAGGUGGGGGAUUCUCUUUGCCUUGAUUGCCACGUACCUUCGGCUGAAGAGAAAUUCGCUAGGCCUGUAA